GAACCAGAGCAGAACCAGAGUACCAGACCUCCAUUGAAAACCAUAAGUAAAAAGUCCUAAGAAAAACUAACCCUUGUGAAUUGUGUUACCAAGAUUUGAAUCAUCAUGGCAAUCGAUCAAGGAGAAACAGCAGUUUUGUCAACUGAAAAUGUUGAAACCUUGCCAAUGCCAACAUUGGCAUCAUCAACUGAACUUCCUGAAAUUGAAUUAUUCGGUCGUUGGUCAUGUGAAGAUGUCACAGUAAAUGAUAUAUCUCUUCAAGAUUAUGUUGCUGUCAAGGAAAAGUAUUGUCGUUAUUUGCCACAUUCUAGUCAACGUUAUUCAGUCAAAAGAUUCAGAAAGGCUCAAUGUCCAAUUGUUGAAAGAUUGGUAAAUUCCUUGAUGAUGCACGGUCGUAAUAAUGGAAAAAAAUUAAUGGCAGUCAGAAUUGUCAAACAUUCAUUUGAAAUUAUCCAUUUGUUAACUAAUGAAAAUCCACUUCAGGUUUUGGUAAGUGCUGUCAUCAAUUCAGGACCACGUGAAGAUUCAACACGUAUUGGUCGUGCUGGUACAGUUCGUCGUCAAGCUGUUGAUGUUUCUCCACUUCGUCGUGUUAAUCAAGCAAUUUGGUUAUUAUGUACUGGUGCAAGAGAAGCAGCUUUCCGUAAUAUUAAAACAAUUGCUGAAUGUCUUGCUGACGAAUUAAUUAAUGCUGCUAAAGGAUCAUCAAAUUCUUAUGCCAUCAAAAAGAAGGAUGAACUUGAACGUGUUGCUAAAUCCAACCGUUAAUCAUAGCAUCAUUAUAUUAUAUAUAAUUUCUAAAUAAAAAAAAAAAAAGUAUUUUUUUCUUCU